CGAAACCCCAAAACAACUCGCCGGCGACGGCUGCGAGCUCGGGGGAGGCGAUGGAGGAGGGAGUGGAGGAGGGGGAGGUGGGGGAGUACAAGCUCCAGAGGCUGGUGGGGCAGGGAUCCUUCGCCAAGGUGUUCCGCGCCGCGCACCGCCGCACCGGCGCGCGCGUGGCGGUGAAGGCGAUCGACCGCCGGCGGGUCGAGAAGCGCGUCCACGAAGGGAUCCUCAAGGAGAGGGAGAUCCUCAAGAGCAUCGAUCACCCCAACAUCCUCCGCCUCCUCGACACCAUCGACACGACGAAUAUGAUGUACCUGGUACUGGAGUACUGCGAUGGAGGAGACCUCGAUGCGUUUUUGCACAAGCACGGCCGGCUGCCGGUGGCCACCGCCAAGGACUUGAUGCGGCAGCUCGCGGAAGGGCUGAAGGUGCUGAGGGAGAGGAACAUAGUCCACAGGGACCUCAAGCCACAGAACCUUCUCCUAUCAACCAAUGAUGAUGCCAUUAUAUUGAAAAUCGGAGACUUUGGGUUUGCCAAGCAUGAAAAUUUAGCUGCCACAAUAUGUGGGUCACCAUAUUAUAUGGCCCCAGAAAUUUGGCAAGGGAAGGACUAUGAUGCAAAGUCAGACUUGUGGAGUGUUGGGGUCAUUCUGUUUCAGCUAGUCACUGGGAAGCUGCCAUAUACUGGGAGUACUUGUUUCCAGCUGCAACAAAACAUCCUGGCUUCUGAUGAACUUAACUUCCCUUCAGAAAUUGAAGCUGAUUUAUGUCCUGAUUGCAUUGACUUGUGCAGAAGACUCUUGCUCCGUGAUCCAAGGAAGAGAAUAAGUUUUGAGGAAUUCUUCAAUCAUAAGUUUUUGGCAACAACAAGGAAAUGCGAGCUUGUCCGUGAGUCCCAUCAUGCUGUUGAUUUAAGGGAUACAUGCCAGGCAAUCACCUCUCAUGUUGUCCUAAAAACGAAGCCUGAAAGUGUGGAAUCAAAAAAAUCGGAAGUAUUUGAUUCAUGGGAGUGGAUCGAACGAGAAUAUGUGCUCGUUCCAAUGAACUGUACUUCCAUGGAGAUGUAUUCUUCAGUCGAGAAGUCCGCAAAGGAUGAUACAUGUACAAGAAAUGCUGGCUAUGAUAGGACCACUGGCAAAGGUUCUGUUCAGAAUCAAAACAGAGACUUUAUCCACAGAGUUAUUGGUGUGCAAAACCAUGGAUGCACUCUGGUGCCUGUUUCCCAGGAGUCAGCCAAUGCAGAAGAUAGAAGAGCGAAGCCACCUGAUUGUUUUACAAGGCUUCAUAUGCUGAAUCAAUAUGUUCUUGUUCUUACGGAACUUGCUCGGGAAAAGCUUUCUAAGGGGCUGUACCUGGAGGCAUUGUCAAUUGAACUUGUAUUAUUAGCUAUCUGGAAAGAGGCACUUGAUGCGUGUAGCUUAUUCAUGGAUGCAUCAGAUGAUGGAAAUUUCUCUGAAUCUUCUCCAGAACAUUUCCUGCCUAAGAGUGACCAUUCAUCUCUGAAUGUGGCGCGAGGACUGGACUUCAGUAGACCAGCUUCUGUCCGUUCGUGGGUUGAAAGUGGAUUCAUGAAAGCAUAUGAUCGUGCGGAGAAGAUAUCACAUAUAUUGCGGAAGAGUUAUGAUAACACUGAAAUGCCAGAUGCAAUGGAUGUCAUAUUUCAAACUGCUUUAGAAUAUGGGAAAAGUGGUGCCGCGAAUGAAGUUUUGGGGCACCGAAGUAGAUCGACGGCGCUUUACUCAAAAUCUAUCAUCUUGCUCACAUUUAUAUUGCAGGAAGCUCCUAUGUUGCCACUAAAUCCACCAUUUUCCAUUUCACCAUCAGAACAGCAGCGCAUCCAUAGCUACAUAGCUAAUUUGAAGAGCCAUCUCUGCACUGCUCAGGUUGCGGGGCAACAGCAGAGAUCAGCUCAUAACUAAUUUAGUACUUAUUACUUGGGAAACCUCUCUGCACAAGGAUUGAAAGAUUAAUUGUCGUGGCGAAGCUUUGUCCUCCACUGUUUUUAUCUAUAGGAGGUGUUCAGUGCAUUGGUGGCGUCUGAUGACAGGAACUCUGUAUAAUAUUAUAUGUGCUGAACACCAUGGUCCAUCGGACCCUUCUUUUGUAUAUAUACCACUUGUUAAAGCUCUAUGGUCGCCCCUUUUCAUAUGUUGAGGUGACCUUAAAACUUGUAAAGGCUUCGCGCAAACUGUAAAUAGUAAACCUUUCUUUAACUGCAGUCUCCUUUUCAAAGUUUGGAGCUCCGAAUGGACAUCUGUAACCGAAUGGUUGAUUACCAGAUUUUCCUGUUGUAAAGUUAUUCUUUUGUAAAA